AUGAGUUCGCAAAAGCCCACCAAAUCAAAGUCCUCUGGGACCGUGAGGAGUCGCACAGGGUGCCAAACUUGCCGCACGCGCAAGUUGAAAUGCGACGAGGCAAAGCCGAUCUGCGGACAAUGCCUAAAGUCGCACCGUGAAUGCGUGCGCUCCGAACCGAUCACCUUCCGCCACCACCAAAACUCGAGUUUUGGCAAGGAUGGCCAAGAACAUUCCCUGGACAGUUUCUUCAAGUACAGCCAAACGUACAGUGAAGACGAUCUGAAGGCUUUUCUCCCGGUGCCAAAGCAACUCACUUGGAUUCAUGUCACCGACCCGACUGCAGAAGAUGCAAAUGCCAUCACCCCUCCUCCGUCCCGAACUCCAACCGCCUCAGACACGGUCCAGCAAGUCGCAGCCCAUACUUUAGAAGCUCUGUCGACAGCAGCAGCUGAUCAGACAUCAUAUCCGCCUCAGGGCACAGCUUACUACACGACAGCAAAUCCUGCGACAGAUUCUCACCCUGAGUAUGGAUUCGUGCAGACCGAACCAUCUGGGUCUACGAGUGGUGGACUCUCAAGAAACAUUCACUAUUACCUCAGCAACUCCUCUCCUCAAAACCACACCGACGCCUCCCUGAUCGACCCAAACCUCGAGUCCACUGCGACUGCGAACUCUCAAGAAGGAGAGCAAACGGACAUGGCGCGUGACGGAAAAGCGAAGAGCGAGGACAAAGACCAGAAAGACCAAGAAGAGAUGACGGAGGCAGAUACCAGGGUCGCGAUGGCGCUCAGAACUUUUAACGAGCUGCAAGCAUAG